GUGGAACUAUUGAGGCGGCAGAAGAAGUGGUCGGAGCAUCUACUCGCGAAAGAACGUCGAGCUCAGAUCCUCGGCUGCUGCACUUUCGCGAGUGGCUCGACCUGGAGUUUCAAUUUUACAAGUCGAAGUUGGACCAAGUGUCUCUCCCCGAGGGGGUGUACGAGCGGCUGAAGCACUUUUUUCGGAAAGACAGAAAUGCUUUGCGACAUGACGUCACGGUGACGGAAGUUAUUGCGCCCCUCAACGUCGACAUCGAGAGACAGAUCCGAAGUCGCGCGGACGGGAAGCACGCGAUUCUGUGGCACAACGCACUUCCCCUGCGCGCUGAGUCAUUUGCAGAGACGGGGCGAAAAGCUGCAUGGGAGAAAAAUGUAGUGAGCCGUAGUUUUCCACCCGCCGAUGAAGAGGAACUUGCACUUGCCGAAGCGUCACCUCCCCAGAAAUCUUGCGCAGAAGAUAGUGACUUAUUUUGUGAUAGUACUAAAAUGCCUCUUUUUCGAUUUCAAAGCAGCAGAAGCAACGGCAUUAUGAUCAAAGACGGGAGUCUGCUACCAGCGACGGAAACGCAGAAUCUUUUUGGUCUCAACGACUGUUUUGAGGAACCGGGUGAAGUGAAGCACAGGUACGUAGGCGUGAAGGCCAGCCCGUUGCGGGUUCGGGACAGGGAGACGGGGGUCGUUUCGGAAAAUUUCUCCGCUGCACAGUACGAUUUGCUGAUGCACUUUCUGACGAGUGCGACUGAAAGAGAUGUUGAAAAACAUCGUUUUGAGCAAGAUGAAGAUUUUAUUGACCAAAAACCACUUUUCGCAGUAGCCCCGCUGUCCGACCGCCUGCAGAAAACUGCGGCGGGCAUGCAGUGGAUCAUACAAAGAACAUAUCCCAAAGAAAAAAGCCGACAGGUCAGAAAAAAAAUAAUUAAAUAAUAAUUGUUAUUGUCAACAAUAAAAGCAAAACAAAACAACAAAAAAAAUUGCCGCCAUACCAUGCGGAUUAGCUUCAGGACAGAUCAGCAAUCCGCGCGAAUCACGGUGGGACUGUUAUUGUCAACAAUAAAAGCAAAACAAAACAACAAGAAUAAACUGCCGCCAUACCAUUCGGAUUAGCUUCAGGACAGAUCAGCAACCCGCGCGAAUCAGGGCGGGACGGCGAUCGCCUGCUUUUUUUAUUUUUGCGACGAAUUUCGCCCAUUCGCGCCAUACCGUGCGGGCUGGGUUUCGUAGGGGGUUGCCGGGCUGGGUUUCGUAGGGGGUUGCCGGUUUCGCCAAUCCGCACGGCACGGCGCCCGCAGUCGGUUUUGCGGCUUUUGCGGAUUUCCUAUGUUCGCGCCAUAGCGUGCGGGCUGGCUUUCUGGCGAAGCUGCCGGCUUCGCGAAUCCGCACGGCACGGCGGUCGCGGUUAGUUUUUUUAAAUUUUGGCGAGUUUUUUUGUUUCGCGCCAUACCGUGCGGGCUGGGCUUCGUACGGGGUUGCCGGUUUCGCCAAUCCGCACGGCACGGCGUCCGCCGUCGGUUUUGCGACUUUUUGCAAAUUUUUGCUGUUCGCGCCAUAGCGUGCGGGCUGGCUUUCUGGCGAAGCUGCCGGCUUCGCAAAUCCGCAUGGCGCGGCGGCCGCGGUUAGUUUUGUGAAUUUUGGCGAUUUUUUUUCUUUCGCGCCCUACCGCGCGGGCUGGGCUUCGUAAGAGGUUGCCGGCUUCGCCAAUCCGCACGGCACGGCGCCCGCAGUCGGUUUUGGGACUUUUGGCGAAUUUCCUUUGUUCGCGCCAUACCGUGCGGGCUGGCUUUCUGGCGAAGCUGCCGGCUUCGCGAAUCCGCACGGCACGGCGGCCGCAAUUAAUUUUGUAAAUUUUGUCGGGUUUUUUCCUUUCGCGCCAUACCGUGCGGGCUGGCCUUCGGGCGAAGUUGCCGGCUUCGCGCAUCCGCAUGGAACGGCGGCCGCAAUUAGUUUUGCGAAUUUUGGCGAGUUUUUUGCCUUCACGCCAUACCGUGCGGGCUGGCGGUCGCAAGAGGGUGCCGGCGUCGCGAAUCCGCACGGCACGGCGAUCGCAAUUAUCGCUCCAAAAUAGGAAGGCAGGAGCUUGGAAACCGUCGAAGAUUUUGCCAGCUUUGCGAAUGUUCCCGAAUGUCCGGAGUCGCCGGAUUCAGAGGCGGCGAGGCGUCAAACCCUCGCCAAGCUUUUCAACUUUUGGGAAUGCCAAAAAUGCGACCCCCUCCUCUAUCUGCGGAAGCUGGCAUACUUCAAGCAAAUUGCUCCCGCUUCUGGUAAUUUUUGCCGAGUUCGUCCGCGGAUACUUUCGAAUAUUCGGAAUCGCUUCAAAAUAGGCAGGCAGGAGUUUGGAAACUGUCGAAGGUUUUGCCAGCUUUUCGAAUAUUCCCGAAUAUUCGGAAUCGCCGGAAUCAGAGGCGGCGAGACUUCAAAUCCUUGCCAAGUUUUUCAACAAUUGGGAACGCCAAAAAUGCGACCCCCGCCUCUAUCUGCGGAAACUGACAUACUCAAAAUAAAUUACUUCCUCUUCUGGAAAUUUUUGCCGAGUUCGUCCGCGGAUACUUUCGAAUAUUCGGAAUCGCUUCAAAAUAGGCAGGCAGGAGUUUGGAAACUGUCGAAGGUUUUGCCAGCUUUUCGAAUAUUCCCGAAUAUUCGGAAUCGCCGGAAUCAGAGGCGGCGAGACUUCAAAUCCUUGCCAAGUUUUUCAACAAUUGGGAACGCCAAAAAUGCGACCCCCGCCUCUAUCUGCGGAAACUGACAUACUCAAAAUAAAUUACUUCCUCUUCUGGAAAUUUUUGCCGAGUUCGUCCGCGGAUACUUUCGAAUAUUCGGAAUCGCUUCAAAAUAGGCAGGCAGGAGUUUGGAAACUGUCGAAGGUUUUGCCAGCUUUUCGAAUAUUCCCGAAUAUUCGGAAUCGCCGGAAUCAGAGGCGGCGAGACUUCAAAUCCUUGCCAAGUUUUUCAACAAUUGGGAACGCCAAAAAUGCGACCCCCGCCUCUAUCUGCGGAAACUGACAUACUCAAAAUAAAUUACUUCCUCUUCUGGAAAUUUUUGCCGAGUUCGUCCGCGGAUACUUUCGAAUAUUCGGAAUCGCUUCAAAAUAGGCAGGCAGGAGUUUGGAAACUGUCGAAGGUUUUGCCAGCUUUUCGAAUAUUCCCGAAUAUUCGGAAUCGCCGGAAUCAGAGGCGGCGAGACUUCAAAUCCUUGCCAAGUUUUUCAACAAUUGGGAACGCCAAAAAUGCGACCCCCGCCUCUAUCUGCGGAAACUGACAUACUCAAAAUAAAUUACUUCCUCUUCUGGAAAUUUUUGCCGAGUUCGUCCGCGGAUACUUUCGAAUAUUCGGAAUCGCUUCAAAAUAGGCAGGCAGGAGUUUGGAAACUGUCGAAGGUUUUGCCAGCUUUUCGAAUAUUCCCGAAUAUUCGGAAUCGCCGGAAUCAGAGGCGGCGAGACUUCAAAUCCUUGCCAAGUUUUUCAACAAUUGGGAACGCCAAAAAUGCGACCCCCGCCUCUAUCUGCGGAAACUGACAUACUCAAAAUAAAUUACUUCCUCUUCUGGAAAUUUUUGCCGAGUUCGUCCGCGGAUACUUUCGAAUAUUCGGAAUCGCUUCAAAAUAGGCAGGCAGGAGUUUGGAAACUGUCGAAGGUUUUGCCAGCUUUUCGAAUAUUCCCGAAUAUUCGGAAUCGCCGGAAUCAGAGGCGGCGAGACUUCAAAUCCUUGCCAAGUUUUUCAACAAUUGGGAACGCCAAAAAUGCGACCCCCGCCUCUAUCUGCGGAAACUGACAUACUCAAAAUAAAUUACUUCCUCUUCUGGAAAUUUUUGCCGAGUUCGUCCGCGGAUACUUUCGAAUAUUCGGAAUCGCUUCAAAAUAGGCAGGCAGGAGUUUGGAAACUGUCGAAGGUUUUGCCAGCUUUUCGAAUAUUCCCGAAUAUUCGGAAUCGCCGGAAUCAGAGGCGGCGAGACUUCAAAUCCUUGCCAAGUUUUUCAACAAUUGGGAACGCCAAAAAUGCGACCCCCGCCUCUAUCUGCGGAAACUGACAUACUCAAAAUAAAUUACUUCCUCUUCUGGAAAUUUUUGCCGAGUUCGUCCGCGGAUACUUUCGAAUAUUCGGAAUCGCUUCAAAAUAGGCAGGCAGGAGUUUGGAAACUGUCGAAGGUUUUGCCAGCUUUUCGAAUAUUCCCGAAUAUUCGGAAUCGCCGGAAUCAGAGGCGGCGAGACUUCAAAUCCUUGCCAAGUUUUUCAACAAUUGGGAACGCCAAAAAUGCGACCCCCGCCUCUAUCUGCGGAAACUGACAUACUCAAAAUAAAUUACUUCCUCUUCUGGAAAUUUUUGCCGAGUUCGUCCGCGGAUACUUUCGAAUAUUCGGAAUCGCUUCAAAAUAGGCAGGCAGGAGUUUGGAAACUGUCGAAGGUUUUGCCAGCUUUUCGAAUAUUCCCGAAUAUUCGGAAUCGCCGGAAUCAGAGGCGGCGAGACUUCAAAUCCUUGCCAAGUUUUUCAACAAUUGGGAACGCCAAAAAUGCGACCCCCGCCUCUAUCUGCGGAAACUGACAUACUCAAAAUAAAUUACUUCCUCUUCUGGAAAUUUUUGCCGAGUUCGUCCGCGGAUACUUUCGAAUAUUCGGAAUCGCUUCAAAAUAGGCAGGCAGGAGUUUGGAAACUGUCGAAGGUUUUGCCAGCUUUUCGAAUAUUCCCGAAUAUUCGGAAUCGCCGGAAUCAGAGGCGGCGAGACUUCAAAUCCUUGCCAAGUUUUUCAACAAUUGGGAACGCCAAAAAUGCGACCCCCGCCUCUAUCUGCGGAAACUGACAUACUCAAAAUAAAUUACUUCCUCUUCUGGAAAUUUUUGCCGAGUUCGUCCGCGGAUACUUUCGAAUAUUCGGAAUCGCUUCAAAAUAGGCAGGCAGGAGUUUGGAAACUGUCGAAGGUUUUGCCAGCUUUUCGAAUAUUCCCGAAUAUUCGGAAUCGCCGGAAUCAGAGGCGGCGAGACUUCAAAUCCUUGCCAAGUUUUUCAACAAUUGGGAAUGCCAAAAAUGCGACCCCCGCCUCUAUCUGCGGAAACUGACAUACUCAAAAUAAAUUACUUCCUCUUCUGGAAAUUUUUGCCGAGUUCGUCCGCGGAUACUUUCGAAUAUUCGGAAUCGCUUCAAAAUAGGCAGGCAGGAGUUUGGAAACUGUCGAAGGUUUUGCCAGCUUUUCGAAUAUUCCCGAAUAUUCGGAAUCGCCGGAAUCAGAGGCGGCGAGACUUCAAAUCCUUGCCAAGUUUUUCAACAAUUGGGAAUGCCAAAAAUGCGACCCCCGCCUCUAUCUGCGGAAACUGACAUACUCAAAAUAAAUUACUUCCUCUGCUGGAAAUUUUUGCCGAGUUCGUCCGCGGAUACUGCCGAAUAUUCGGAAUCGCUUCAAAAUAGGCAGGCAGGAGUUUGGAAACUGUCGAAGGUUUUGCCAGCUUUUCGAAUAUUCUCGAAUAUUCGGAAUCGCCGGAAUCAGAGGCGGCGAGGCUUCAAAUCCUUGCCAAGUUUUUCAACAAUUGGGAGUGCCAAAAAUGCGACCCCCGCCUCUAUCUGCGGAAACUGACAUACUUAAAAUAAAUUACUUCCUCUUCUGGAAAUUUUUGCCGAGUUCGUCCGCGGAUGCUUUCGAGUAUUCGGAAUCGCAUCAAAAUAGGCAGGCAGGAGUUUGGGAAGUGCCGAAGGUUUUGCCAGCUUUUCGAAUAUUCCGAAUAUUCUCGAAUAUUCGGAAUCGCCGGAAUCAGAGGCGGCGAGAAUAGAAAUCCUUGCCAGGUUUUUCAACGCUUGGGAAUGCCAAAAGUGCGGCCCCCAUCUCUAUCUGCGGAAGCUGACAUACUUAAAAUUAAUAUAUUGCUUCGCCCUCUGGAAGUUUUGCCGAGUUCGUCCGCGGAUACUUCCGAAUAUUCGGAAUCGCCCGAAUCAGAGGCGGCGAGGCUUCAAAUCCUUGCCAAGUUUUUCAACGCUUGGGAAUGCCAGAGAUGGUAUGGCGCGAAAAAAAAAACCCGCCAAAAUUUACAAAACUAAUUUCGGCCGCCGUGCCGCGCGGAUUCGCGAAGCCGGCAGCUUCACCAGAAAGCCAGCCCACACGCUAUGGCGCGAACAAAGAAAAUCCGCCAAAAGUCGCAAAACCGACUGCGGGCGCCGCGCCGUGCGGAUUGACGAAGCCGGCAACCUCUUACGAAGCCCAUGGCGCGAAAGGAAAAAACCCGCCAAAAUUUACAAAACUAAUUGCGGCCGCCGUGCCGUGCGGAUUUGCGAAGCCGGCAGCUUCGCCAGAAAGCCAGCCCGCGCGGUAUGGCGCGAGCAAAGGAAAUUCGCCAAAAGUCGCAAAACCGACUGCGGGCGCCGUGCCGUGCGGAUUGGCGAGGCCGGCAACCUCUUACGAACCUGCACGGUAAAGCGCAAAGGGGAAAACUCGCGGAAAUUUACAAAAAUAAUUGCGGCCGCCGUGCCGUGCGGAUUCGCGAAGCCGGCAGCGUCGCCAGAAAGCCAGCCCGCACGGUAUGGCGCGAACAUAGAAAAUUCGCCAAAAGUCGCGAAACCACUUGCGGGCGCCUUGCCAUGCGGUUUGGCGAAUUCGGCAAACUCUUACGAAGCCCAGCCCGCACGGUAUGACGCGGAACAAAAAAGCUCGCCAAAAUUUGCAAAACUAAUUGCGACAGCCGUGCCGUGCGGAUUCGCGAAGCCGGCAGCUUCACCAGAAAGCCAGCCCGCACGCCAUGGCGCGAACGUAAAAAAUUUGCAAAAAAUCGCGAGACCGACUGCGGGCGCCGUGCCGUGCGGAUUGGCGAAACCGGCAACCCCUUACGAACCCCAGCCCGCACGGCAUGGCGCGAAUAAGCGAAAUUCGCCACAAAAAUGAUUUAGGCGGGCGAUCACCGUCCCACCGUGAUUCGCGCGGAUUGCUGAUCUAUCCUGAAGCUAAUCCGCAUGGUAUGGCGGCAAUUUUUUUUGUGGUUUUUUUUUGCUUUUAUUGUUGACAAUAACAGUUAUUAUUUAAUUAUUUUUUUUCUGACCUGUCGGCUUUUUUCUUUGGGAUAGAACAUUUAUCGACGGCGACAACGAGGAAAACAAACUGUUGGACCAGAAGUUUCACACUGGAUCGCUGUUGCUUCCGCCUGAAGUAGAAGAAAGCUACUACAAGCCUGAGUUCGCGGGCGGCGAGUAUCCCGUCUUGGUUGCAAAAGCAUUGAAACAGUACCUCUUUCGGAGUUUCGACGGUGAUACACCAGCUACUGAUACUUCCACUGCAGCAGCAGUUAUGGAAGUAGAACAAGACGAUCAUUUAUUUUUCCGUUCCCAUUUCGGCGAAUCUAGAGCCGCGGAAGAACGUGCUUUCACAGUGUCAGAUACGAUGGACGUCGACGAGGAAUAUCAUCAUGUCGACGGACUGCCAUGGUCCCGCCCAGACGAAGUGGAGGAAGCUGAUGCAGUACAGACGGCCACGCAUUUCAUGAGUGACGCGAGCAGCAAAAACGUACUGUACGGGACGAGUGAAAUCGAUGAAGACGAAGAUAAUUAUUCCAAUGCAGUAACAGAUAUCCUGCCCUCUACAUCUUCCCCCCUUGCCGUCCACUACAUUUUUCAGGAAAAGCACCGCUACCAUCUGGCUGUGGACUGCUCUGGCGACGAGAAAGAGACGCUGUCAUCCUGUCUUGCGGACAACUUCGAAGAUCUAGGCAAUAUUAAAUCCCGACACGAGGAGGUGGAAAGAACAAAGAGCGCGGACGAGAUUCUGAAGCAGCAGCAGCUCCAAGCAUCUACUGCUUCAACUGAAAAAAACCUCCUGCUGUGCCCAUUAGCCGCGCAAAGCGGAAAAAUUUCCGUUCUGCAGUCGAAGUUCGCAUUCACCUACGGGUCGCUUUUUGUCCUUGAUAUUGACGAAAAUAAAGUGCCUGCUCCUGUUGCAGCUUUACCGGCCUACUCCGGGUUUUGCGGCUGCUUCGGGGACUGCUUCGCCGGCCUUGCGACGGCUUCGUCCAGCGGGGAUUCGCUCGGGUGCGGCUGGCCUUCUUGGUUCGAAUUGAUGUCCUCUGGCGAUACAACUGAUUCUAUGGUCAAAGAGUCGGAGAAAAUAAGUCUUUCGCAGCAACAGGAGUUCUUCAAGCGCCAGCGCUCGGGAACCCACAUUGUCUCGCUGGAAGAGGACGCGGCAAUGUUUUAUUGGAUUUCUCGCGAAGAGUGGGAAAAAGAAAAAGACAGCGGAAAGCGCAACGGGAGCGGUUUAAUAGAAACAGGUAACGUUGCAGUUGCUUGUAAAAAUGAACGCAUCAGGCUGUCGAGGAUUACUACUGGCGGGCAACGGCUGCGAGAAGAAGAUGAGCGUCGAGCAGCUCCAAUACCGAAAUAUUCUUGUACAAGCACUUCUCGUCCCACGACUACCACCUCCUUCGAGGAACAGACCAAAACCAGUGCGUUCUGGGAAGGAAAACUGAAAUCUUUGAGCCCGUACGCUGUGGUUCCCUUGAAUGAAGAUAGCGAUACCGGAAAAAAGACCUGGCCAAGACCACAAACGCUCGAGAAGCUUCGCACACAAACACUGGCCCUCAAGUUGAUGUCCUGCAACAAUAUUGAAACUCUGGACAACAGCAAGGUCGAAUGCUUAACAGCUGGAACCGCUUCUACCACUGUGCUCAAUUCUGUGAAAAUUUUUUCCCGCGGUGGCUACGGCAGAGGCUUUUUUGAUUCGCACGGGGACCGGUGGCUGGAUGGCCGGAUUGUAGUCCCGGACUUACAAUGACCUUCGGAAUUAUUAUAUACAGAGGAAAGGCGGGUAGUAGAAAAAACGCCUUCGGCACAAUUUUUGCAGAAUAGUGGUUUUUCGUUUCAUCUUCCAAGAACGAUACGUGAGUGUUUUUGUUUCCGUCAUCGGCAGUCGGUGGCUGCAAGGACGAUCAUGCGUUUUUUAUAUAGUUCUCGUGAUAUUUAUCAUACAUAAAAAAGAUGACGACAUAUUUGGCGAGCCGAUGGUGCUUUUGUGUAAAGAAAACGCUGACCUGAUGUCGAAUGAUAGUUGGUACGUCCUCCACUGCGCGCUUGUUUAUUCCCCCUCCGCCUUUAUCGCACUCUGUGGGGCGCUGUUGCUCCAGUUUGUGGCCAGCUCGUAGAUGGAGAAGUGUUAGAAGCACACAGAUUUACAUGUCUACUAUCAGCUCCACCAUGCCCAGGACCUCGAUUUUUAGUUUCAAAUCAAUACUUUAAUAUUAACACCCUUGAAGAUGUUGAUGGACGUCGAAACUACCUCUAAUCAAUGCCAAUGCCAGGGAAGAACUAAGUGGGUCCGAAACGACCGACAUGGUAGUCGAG